AUGAAUGAAGCCAAUCUUAAUUUAUCCACAAAACAAAAGCUUGAACCUUUUCUUUUAUUAUCAAAGUCAGCCAAAGGUAUAGCCUGCUGUCAGCUCAUAAUGGACGCUUUAAAUGCGCCCGGUGUUUUUGUAUUCACCGAGCUUUAUGAAUCACCCAACAUUGUUCAAGCCUCACAAUUACCCCAAGUGAUACCCUACUACCAGCUUUUACGCAUCUUCCUCUAUGGCACAUUUAAAGAAUAUCAACAACAAAAACAUAAUUUACCAACAUUAUCAACAACACAGAUAAAAAAGCUUAGACAGUUAACCCUUGUUUCUCUUUCAGAACACACACAGACAUUGGACUAUGCCUUUUUAUUAAAUGAACUAAAUAUAGCCACAGUUCGAGAACUGGAGGAUUUGAUUAUGGAUGCCAUGUAUGAUGGUCUCUUGACAGGUAAAUUAGAUCAACGCCAACAACAACUUUUGGUGACCAAGGCGAUCGGACGUGAUGUGAGACCAGAGCAGCUAGACGAAAUGAUGGAGACAUUGGGUGCAUGGUCAGCACAGACAGCCAGGACACUUGCCCAUCUAGAUGCUAAUAUAGCCCAUCUGCAGGAGACAGUUCAGACAAAUCAGCAGGCCAAACUUGACUUUAAUCGACAGAUAGAAGAUAUUAGGAAGGAAUGUAGAGAGAGCAGUCAUAGCUUGUCGAAUGAAGUUCUUCAAGAAGAUGGCAGAUCGUCAAGAAAAGCAAGGGACGCGUAUAAUAUUCGAAAGAGGUAUGCUGAUCCUUUUCUAACCCGAUGCAUGUGUUAA